AUGUCGGGAACGCAGUCGUCGAGUGAUCCGAAAGCGCCAGCGGCCCCAUCCAAGCCGGCGGCCAAGCCUUUCAGUUCGCCGCAGCUCCCGAAGCAUACGAUCACAUCGCCGGUUAUUGCGGCCGCCGUCACGCAGAGCAAUGUGCUGAGCGCGUUGCAUCCGCAAGCACAGGCCACACAUGUCCAGGUAGGGUGGUUUUUGGAAAUUUUUUAACGAAAAAUUAAUUUAAUGUUUUCGUGGCGGUACCCGAAUUUUUGAAAUUUUUUGGGAUUUUUGGAGGGUUUACUGAUUUUUCAAGUGAAUUUGUGAUCCAGAUAGGGUUGUUUCAGGGUAUUUUUGACCAAAAAAUAAGUUAAAUGUUUUCGUGGUGGGACUAAAAUUUUUUGAAAUUUUCGGGAUUUUUAGAGAAAUUACUGAUUUUUCAAGUCAAUUUGUAAUCCGGAUAGUUUUAUUUAGGUUUUUUUAGACGAAAAAUUAAUUUAAUGUUUUCGUGACGGGACUCAAAUUUUUUGAAAUUUUUGGGAUUUUUAGAGGAAUUACUGAUUUGAACGGGUAAAAUAAUGUUUCCGUCAUACUAUUUUCGUAUUUUAUAUUUAUUUUUCAUCAAAAAAAAAUUUUGUCGCAUCAAUUUUUCGAAAAAAAAAUUUUUUUGGUCGCAUCACGAAAACCUUUUUUUUGGCUGCCACAAAUUUGUCCCAUUUUUAACAAAAAAUUUACUUUCAAUUUACCCACUACAAAAAAAUUAUUUCCAGGCCUCGAACGCGGCCGUAAUUUCGGCCACCAAUGCCGAGAAGACGAAGGAAAAUGGUCCGGGAACCCCGAGCCCCCCACCCAGCGCCGCCACCACCACCUCGACACUGACCUCAACGCCAGGCACGAACCUCACCAGUCUGAAGAACUUCCGGUCGAUUUACGCGAAGGAGAUCCGCGAGAGCUACUUCCAGCUGGCGCACCGCGAAUCGGUCUCGUUCGCCGAGCAUUUCGUGGCCGGCGGCAUGGGCGGAAUGGUCAUGGUGCUGGUGGGACACCCCUUCGACACUGUCAAGGUCAGAUUACAAAGUAUGCCGGCGCCGGUCAAGGGCCAGACCCCCAUGUACAGCGGGAUGAUGGACUGUGUGAAGAAGACUUACAAAGCGGAGGGAUUUACGGUAGGUUGGGGGAAAGAGAGCGGCCUGAAAGUUGUUGUGGGGUCAUUGUAGGCCAUAGCGAUCAAUUUGGAGAAUUUUUAUCCGGGUUGGCCCUUUGCACAGUGCAAUUUUUCCAAUUUGAUAUUUGCACUGUGCAAUACAAAUUUUUUCGAAAUUACAGUAACCUAGGCAUCGGAAAUGCUUCAAGAUUCUUGUAGGAUCAUUUUUUUCACCGUAGAGAUGAAUACGGAGAAUUUUUAUCCGUAUUGACCAUUUGCACAGUGCAAUUUCCCCGAUUUUCUGUUUGCACUGUGCAAUAUAAAUUUUCUUGAACCUACAGUAAUCCAGAAGUAUGUAGCGUCUUCAAAAUUUUUUUGGGGUCAUUGUAGACCAUUGCGAUGAAUUUGGAAAAAGUUUCCCCGAGUUGAGCCUCUGCACAGUGCAGUUUUCCGAUUUUCUAUGUUUGCACGGUGCAAUAGAAUAUUUUUGAAAUUACAGUAAUCCCGAAGCAGAUAAUGACUUCAAAAUUGUUUUGGGGCCAUUGUAGACUAUUGCAAUCAAUUUGGAGAAAGUUUAUCCGGGUUGACCGUUUGCACAAAGCAAUUUUUCCAAUUUCUUGUUUGCACGGUGCAAUAUAAUUUUUUUGAAAUUACAGUAACCUAGAAAUGGAAAAGUAGUUAGAAAUUUUUGUAGGGUUAUCAGAGGUUCUAAAAAAAUUAUUUGGUGUUUUUUGGUCAAAAUUUUUCCAUUGCACAGUGCAAUUUUUUCAAUUUCUUGUUUGCACCGUGCAAUAUAAAUUUUUGUGGAAUUACAGGAAUCGUGGUAGGAAAAACGAGCUUAUUUUUUAUGCGGAGUCAUGUGAGGCCCUAAAAAUCAAUUUUGAGAAUUUUGGGUAUCUUUUUUUCUUUUGAACCGUGCAGCUUUUCACGUCUUUUGUUCUGCACAGUGCGGUUUACUUGAAUUUUCAAAUACUUCCGCAAUAUGUAAAUUCCCGUCAUUUUAGGGAUUCUUCCGUGGAAUGGGAGCUCCAAUCACAGGGAUCACUCCGUUGAAUUCCAUUUUCUUCGGUCUCAAUGCCGUCUGUUGUGAACUUCAGCAGUCGUAUUUUAGGACACCAACCUUGACGUUAUGGCAGGUAAGCGGUUUCGUGGGUUGUUUUACCCUCAUUUCAAGGCUCUGGAGACGGCUAUAUAUUAUUUUAUAAUACUUUCAUUACUUUCUUGGGGAUUUGAAUUUAUGGUCGUGGGUCUCGCCGCGAAAACUUGAAUUUUUGAAUUUGGGCCUCAAAUCGAUCUAGCGUCACUUCUUAUGUCCUAAGAUGUAAUGCCAAACAAUUUUAAGCCAUUAUUGACAUCAAAAAAACGUUAAAUUUGAACAUUUACCUACUACAAUAACCAAUAAAUCCCCAUUUUUUCAGAUUUUCAACGCCGGAGCCUUCUCAGCCGCCGUGAUGUGCCUGUUUACGGCGCCAAUCGAGCGAGUCAAGUGUUUGUUGCAGGUCCAGCACAGUAUGGGGACGUCCCUUUACAAGGGACCCAUGGAUGUGGCCAGAAAACUGUAUAAACAACAUGGAAUUGCGGCCGUUUAUCGGGGAUUCUUGAUUACUUUGGCAAGAGGCAAGCUCAUUCUUACUUUGACGUCAUCUCUAAUCGAGUUUGAGCCCAAUUUGCGACUUUUGGGAGGUGUUUGAAAAAUUCCAGAAAAUCCGUCAUCGUGAUGAAUUUCUGGGGAAAAUCGGUCAUCCUAUUGGUCGAAAAUUUUUUAGCAGAAUGCUAUCAGCAUGCAAAUCGGAUUUUGGUCAAAAAUCUUAAUCAAAAAAUGGUCUUAAAGAUGUCAUGAUGACGGAUUUUCUGGAAAUUCCCCUAAAUUUAGCUGAAAUCGGGAAAUUUCUGGUGAAAAAUCGUGAUUAUCAAUGACAUGGAAAGUCAGGAUUCAAUUUUAAAGAUAAACUUUAUAUUCGAACUGUUUUAUGAUGACGGAUUUUCUGGAAUUUCCUUUCAAGACUGGGAAAAGCAACUUUUUUCAACUUUCCGUCAAAUUUUUUGUUGUUUUAUCGAAUAAAAAUUCCAGAUAUUCCAUCAUACGGCACUAAGAUGGCAGUCUACGAGUACAUCAAACGACAAAUGGCGGAUCCAGCCAAGAACGAACGGCCUUCUCCAAUGGCAACGCUUAUGGCUGGCGGAAUUGCUGGGAUUUUCUUUUGGCUGGUAAGAUUUUUGUUCGCAUUUUAAGCUGUUUAGUUUCCUUAUGUCCUAUUGAGCCGAUUUCAUCCAUUUUCAAUCGAAGAAAAUUCAAAAAAAUUGAUUCCCGCUUGGCUUGGCAUUCUGUUCUAGGGUUUAAAAUGCAUGGAAAACGAGUCAAAAUUGUACGAUCAGCAUAUUUACGAUGCAAUGAAGCAUAUAAAAUCCCUUUAGAAUUUUAUUUUUUAAAUUUCCGCCAUUCUUGGCAUUCUGUUUCAAGUUGAGGUAAAGGCGUAUCUUAGUCGAAAAAACAUGAUUUCGUAGUAGAAUACGAAAUUUGCAGACCUAAAAUUACUAUGAGGACCAUAAGAAAAUUACAUUUUUGAAUUCCCGCCAUUUUUGGCAUUCUGUUUCAAGUGGAAAAGUAUCCAUAUUUGAGCUUAAAAAUAAUGACCAAGUGGUAAAAUACGUCAAUGACAGCUUUGUAUGCAUUAUCUAUUAAAAAAUUUCAGGUCUGUAUCCCCCAGGACACCCUGAAAUCCUACCUCCAAUCCGCCCCCGAAGGUCAUUUCCCCCGCGGCACUCGCGACGUUUGGCGUGUCCUGAUGAAAGAAGAAGGCCCGAAAGGACUGUUCCGCGGCCUCAGUCCACUCAUGGCCCGAGCGUUCCCCGCGAACGCCGCUUGUUUCCUGGGCGUGGAGCUCACAAUGUUGGCCUUUGACACCUUCACGGGCCCAUUGAAACCGGUCAUGGACUGGCCCAGCUUCGUGGUCGAGGAUCAGGAAAUGACGUCAUUGAAGGGACAUAAGGUUCAGAAGAAUGAGAAACUGCCGGAGAAAAGAAAGGAGAUUUGA